CCCCUCUCUCUCUCUCUCUAGAAGUAUGUAUCGACGCAUUCGUUGAUUCAUGUAUGUCUUCCACGAUCGGGUGAUUCCUUAGAUGAUUCCGCCAUUGGAAAAGUCAGAUUUCUUGGCCUGAACGGCGAUUCAUGCUCUUCAAUAGUACAUUUUCUUCGCUGAUUCUGACUUUCUACUCUUCGUUUUAUUUUAGUUUUAGCAAGCAAACACAGCACGAGCAGGCUUCUCUUUGAUCUCGGUUCCAGAUGGAGAUCUUGGUGCAUAGCGAUCCCACUACCCUGAGUUACUGGUUAAACUGGAGCUUCUUGAUUUGUGCAAUAUGGGUCUUGACACCUAUGCUUAUCGCAUCCUAUUUGAUAUGGAAAUAUGAAUUUUCAGUUACUCCAGCAUCUGUGAAAAGAAGAUCUCAGCAAGAGAGUGCUGCAUUUGUUUAUGAUGAUAAAGUUUGGAGGCCCUGUCUAAAACAAAUUCAUCCUUUAUGGUUGCUGAUUUUCAGAGCCAUAGCAUUCUUUCUGCUUCUAGGGACUCUUAUUGCUGAUGGUGUUGUUAAUGGAGGUAGCAUUUUAUACCAUUAUUAUACUCAGUGGACUUUAAUCUUGGUCACCAUCUACUUUGGGCUCGGAUCACUGUUUUCCAUGUACGGAUGUUAUCAGCAUUUUCAUGUUCAGUAUGUGGGAAUAGAUGCAGAGCAAGGAUUACAUGUGCCUCUGACAUACCAGGAAACUGCAUAUAAAGUCACUGCAGACAAAACCUCAAAUCAUCUGGGGAAGAAUGGUAAUUUCCACAUGGGCAUCUUUUGCCAUGCCUUUCAAGUUAUUUUCCAGAUGUGUGGUGGGGCUGUGACACUCACUGACUUUGUUUAUUGGUCCGUAAUAUUUCCUUUUCUAACCGUCAAAGAUUAUGAUUCAAACUAUUUAACAGUUCUUACCCAUACAAUAAAUGCCGUGUUGCUCCUUGGUGAUACAGCAUUAAAUUGCUUGCGCUUUCCCUGGUUCCGGAUAUCAUACUUUAUUUUGUGGACUGGCACUUAUGUCAUCUUCCAGUGGAUUCUUCAUGCCUGUACCUCACUUUGGUGGCCAUACCCAUUCCUUGACUUAUCACUACCAUAUGCUCCCUUAUGGUACUUGUUGGUGGCACUGAUGCAUAUUCCUUGCUAUUGUGUCUUUGCAUUAAUUGUGGAGUCCAAACACUUCAUCUUGUCCAGAUGUUUCCCUCGGUCAUACCAGGGCUUGAGAUGAAAUGCUCCCAACCAAUGAAGACAGAGCAACAGCAAGGAACGUUUAUCUGAAUGUUUUUUCAUCCUCUCUUUGCUUGAUUGGAGACAGAGGAGAUGGAGAGUGAUUGUUACAAAAACCCAGCGGCCUCAACCGGAACUCAACACAGGGUGGUCCCAGUUGCUAGCUUCCUGUAAUGGUCAAUUAGUUCAAAGGCAUUCUUUAUUGUGACAGAUAAUACUUUACAUUUAAAAAUAUUUUUAUUGUGAAAAACAGCUACAAUCUUCCUUCUUAUUUUCUGGGGUCUGCUUGGAUCUUGAAAAACAAAUUUCACAAAAAUAUUUUUCAUUU